ACUAACGACCAUGUUUUUAUAAGUUAAUUACGUGCACAAGUUCAUUAUAUUGCCCAUCAUAUCAUAUCACCUAGCUAGCUGGCUAGCUUAGCUAGAUUCCUAAAGCCAAUUCACAACACACACAUAUAUAUGAUCUGAUGGCACAAUAAUAAUAAUAAUAAUGCAAAUCAUAGUACUAAUUAUCAUCCUAUAUAUGUAAACCUUAAUUUCCUCGAAGUCGAUCGGCGGUGGGCAUGGAGGAAUUUGAGCCGUUCCAUUGGUACAUAAACGACCAGGGCACGAAGAGGUUUCUGGUGACGCUGCUUUUCUUUGGGCUGUCCCUUCUCCUCAUCAUUUUCCUGUUCUUGCGUUUCAUUCGCAUGCACGCUUCCUUUCCCAGCACCAAUGAUGAUGUGAUCUCAAGUUCAAUCGUCGUCACCCGACAGAACAUUGGACGACGAGAGAUGAUGGGUGGCAAUAACGUUAGCGUGGUGGCGCCGGCGCCGGCGGCGUCUUCCGAGGUGAUCAAGAGCCUGCCCAUUUUCAUGCACAACUGCAGGUUAUCGUCGGAGAAUACGAGGUUGAGGGACGGCGACGAGUGUUGCAUAUGCCUGGGGGUUUUCGAGGACGGAGAGAUGAUUAAAGUGAUGCCUAAUUGUCUGCACGCUUUCCACUCUCAUUGCAUUGAUCGAUGGUUGAGUAGUAGCUCAACUUGCCCUGUUUGUAGAUCGUCUAUCCGUUCCACCUCUGCCUUCUUCUAGGGUGGCCGGGUUAGGGUACGGUUGAGUUGAAUCUGAAUUAGUCUUAUAUUCGUAUGGAUACCAAAUGUUCUAUAUGCAAAAUAUGUUGGUUAAACUGAGAGGAGUUUG